UCCAUGGCGAGUACAAAUAACGUGACCGAGUUAAUUAUCGUCGGUCUUUUCCAGGAUCCAGAAGUGCAGAGGGCAUGCUUUGUGAUGUUUCUUCCUGUGUACCUGGCGACAGUGGUGGGCAAUGGUCUCAUUGUUCUGACAGUCAAUGUCAGUAAGAGUCUGCGUUCCCCCAUGUACUUCUUCCUUAGCUACUUGUCCCUGGUGGAGAUCACUUACUCCUCCACUGUUGUCCCUAAAUUCAUGACAGACUUACUUGCCAAGAUUAAAACCAUCUCCCUGGAGGGCUGUGUGGCUCAGAUAUUCUUCUUCCACUUCUUUGGAGUUACUGAGAUCUUCCUGCUGACGGUAAUGGCCUAUGACCGCUUUGUGGCCAUUUGUAAACCUCUUCGCUACACCACCAUCAUGAGCCAGUUUGUGUGUCGCCUUCUGGUGGCUGUUUCCUGGCUCGGGGGCAUAAUUCACUCCAUGGUCCAGAUCCUUGUUACUGUCCAACUGCCGUUCUGUGGUCCCAAUGUGAUUGACCACUACUUCUGUGACCUCCAUCCGUUAUUCAAGCUUGCCUGCACUGACACUUCUGUGGAGGGGGUUAUUGUGUUGGCCAACAGUGGGUUAAUCUCCGUCUUCUCCUUCCUCAUCUUGGUGUCCUCCUAUAUUGUCAUCCUGUACAACCUGAGGAACCAUUCUGCAGAGGGGAGGCGCAAAGCCCUCUCCACCUGUGCCUCUCACAUCACAGUGGUCCUCUUGUUCUUUGGACCUGCCAUCUUCCUCUACAUGCGAACCUCCUCCACCUUCACUGAGGACAAACUGGUGGCCGUGUUCUACACAGUUGUCACCCCCAUGCUGAACCCCAUCAUCUACACACUCAGGAAUGCAGAGGUGAAAAAUGCCAUGAGGAAGCUGUGGGAGAAGAAAGUGAACUCAGAAGUGGGAUAA